AUGAAGACCACCAUCUUAAUUCUCUGCGCAGCUUCCGUUGCUUUAGCCUCUCCACCCAGUUCCCGCGUCGUUGGAGGUGCAAACGCUGACAAUGGUCAAUUCCCCUACAUGGUUUCACUCCGUGAAAAUGGCGAACAUGUCUGCGGAGGCGCCAUUCUCGAUGAAAUCAACAUCUUAACCACUGCACGUUGCAUCCGUGAUUUAGACAUCUCCACUCUUACUAUCAAAGUCGGUAACAACUCACUCAACGCCCAAACUGAAGAAUACCCCGUCUCAAAACUCAUCCCACAUGAAGAUUAUGACCACACAAAAGCUUCAAAUGACAUUGCUAUUAUCAAAGUAGCUAAUCCAAUCGAAUUCCGUGAAGGGGCUGUCCAACCCGUUACUUUAAGACAGACAAACAUUGACGAUCUUGUCUGGGUUAUUCUUUCCGGUUGGGGUCAUACUUCUUCUAAUGGUAACAAGCCUAACAAACUGCAGGCUAUUUACUUGAAGACACUCAAUUAUGAAACGUGUGCUGAAUCUCACAGUUCAAGCUGGCCAGUGACGGAAAGCAACGUUUGUACUUUCACUACUUAUGGGGAAGGUCUUUGUGAGGGUGACACCGGAAGUCCAUUGGUUGACAUGUUGUACAGGCUUGUGGGGCUGUCAUCUUUUGGGAAAGGAUGCGGGAUUGGUUAUCCUGAUGUUUAUACAAGGGUUUAUUCUUAUUUGGACUGGAUUGAAGUUAAUCGCUCUUAAAUCAACUAAAAGUUAUUAUUGAUAUUGAUAAUAAAUAAAUUUUACUUUGAGAAA